CCAUUGAAAUCGUUGCUUGCCUGUGCUCUCAGUCCAAUUUGAACAACGAUACCGAGCGGUUGACGUUCUCUCCUCUGCAAGCAAAAUUUUGUCGUUUUUUAAGUGCCCAAAGACAGCAGUAGCAGCAGCAACAGCAGCAACAACAAUUUGUAAAUUCUGCUGCCAACGCACAGCCGUUUUUCUAACUCGGCCCUACAACAACAGCAACGACGAGAACGCGUUGUGUCGUGUGUGUUAAAAGCGAGUGAAAAAUAAAAAGAAAUAGUUGUGCAAAAUUAAAUCGCAGAGGAAACAAAAAAAAAAGCUUAAUACCAAGUCCAAGUCCAGUCUUUAAUUCGUUUUGUCAAUCAGUCAGCAACAGCAAUAAAAAUAAAAUCACAAAGUGCCAUCCACAAAACAACACAAAAAAAAAAUACAAGUAAAGAAGAAGAUAAAUUACAACAACAAAUCAAGAAAAAACUCCAACAGAUACGUGCUAAAAAUAAUAAAAAAUUCGCGUCUGCGUCUGAAAGCGAAAGUAAUUCAAAGUGCUUGAGUGUGGCGAGUGCUUCAUGACAUCGCAAGAUGACAUCGCAUUCCUAUUAUAAGGAUCGUCUCGGCUUCGAUCCCAAUGAGCUGCAACAGCAGCAGCAGCAACCGCAUCCCAGCAGCGGCAGCGGCAGCGGCAACACCAAUUCCAUGAAGCGUAGCAGCUCAAGGCAAACGCAUCAUCAUCACCAGAGCUAUCAUCAUGCCACAACAACGAGCAGCUCCGCCGCAUCGCCGGCACGAAUCUCUGUCUCGCCCGGAGGCGGCGGUGGCAAUGGCACCCUGGAAUAUCAUCAGGUGCAACGGGAGCAACGCGAUCGCGAAUUGUAUGCCAAUGGUCAUAACAGCAGCAGCAGCAGUAACCACCAUCAUCAUCAUCAUCAUCAGCAGCAGCAGCAGCAGCAGUCGCAGUCGCAGUCUCAUCAUCGGCAUUCUCAUGGCCUGAUCGAGGCUAGUCCGGCGGCCAAGAAGGCGAAACACUCGUCAACGCAGGCGCAACCGCAAGGCGGUUACGAGGAUGCGUUGACACAGUUUAAAGACGAACGCGAUGCCAUUCAAAAGAAGACUUUCACAAAAUGGGUUAACAAACAUCUUAAAAAGGCCAAUCGACGAGUUGUGGAUUUAUUUGAGGAUUUGCGCGAUGGUCACAAUUUGCUUUCACUCUUGGAGGUGCUAUCUGGCGAACACCUGCCACGAGAGAAGGGUAAAAUGCGUUUCCACAUGCUGCAGAAUGCACAAAUGGCGCUGGAUUUUCUGCGCUACAAGAAGAUCAAAUUGGUCAACAUACGCGCUGAGGAUAUUGUGGAUGGUAAUCCCAAGCUAACCUUGGGAUUGAUCUGGACAAUUAUAUUGCAUUUCCAGAUCUCCGAUAUUGUUGUGGGCAAAGAGGACAACGUAUCUGCUCGCGAGGCUCUGCUGCGCUGGGCACGCCGCUCGACAGCUCGGUAUCCGGGUGUGCGUGUCAAUGAUUUUACAUCAUCGUGGCGCGAUGGUUUGGCCUUCUCGGCUUUGGUGCAUCGCAACCGACCGGACUUGCUUGACUGGCGAAAGGCAAGGAACGAUCGGCCGCGCGAUCGCCUCGAGACGGCAUUCCAUAUUGUGGAGAAGGAGUACGGAGUAACACGUCUAUUGGAUCCCGAGGAUGUGGAUACUAAUGAGCCGGAUGAGAAAUCACUGAUCACGUACAUUUCAUCGCUGUACGAUGUUUUCCCGGAGCCACCGUCGAUUCAUCCACUGUUCGACAUGGAUUCACAACGACGCGUUCAUGAAUAUCGCGAUUUGGCACAACAGUUCAUCUAUUGGUGCCGCGAGAAGACCGCCUAUUUGCAGGAGCGUUCGUUCCCGCCCACAUUGAUUGAGAUGAAGCGUCUUCUGAGCGAUCUUCAGCGUUUCCGCAGUGAGGAAGUCAGCGCACGCAAACGUGAAAAGUCCAAGCUUAUACAGAUCUACAAGGAGCUGGAGCGUUACUUCGAAACGGUCGGUGAGGUUGAUGUGGAGGCUGAUCUGCGACCGGAUGCGAUUGAGAAGGCCUGGUAUCGCAUGAAUACGGCCUUGCAGGAUCGCGAGGUUAUUCUACAGCAGGAGAUUGAACGCUUGGAGCGUCUACAGCGACUGGCCGAUAAGGUGCAGCGUGAGAUUAAGCAUGUCGAUCAUAAGUUGACGGAUCUGGAGACACGCAUCAGUGAGGAGGGUCGUCGCAUUGAGCGACUGCAUCCCGUGGAUGCCAAGAGCAUUGUGGAGGCUCUGGAAACUGAGAUCAGGCAUCUGGAGGAGCCAAUACAGGAUAUGAACCAGGACUGCCAUGUGCUCAACGAGGGACGCUAUCCCCAUGUGAGCGAACUGCACAAGAAGGUCAACAAAUUGCACCAACGAUGGGCUCAAUUGCGCACCAAUUUCCAUACGAACCUGGUACAGAAACUGUCCGGUUUAAAGUUUCCCGUCCAUGAGACGACCGUGACGCGUCAAACGCGCAUGGUGGUCGAAUCCCGGCAGAUUGAUACCAAUCCCCAUUUCCGUGAUCUGCAGGAGCACAUCGAAUGGUGUCAGAACAAAUUGAAACAAUUGCUUGCCGCAGACUAUGGCAGUGAUCUGCCAUCGGUCAAGGAGGAACUGGAUCGUCAACAGCAUGAGCACAAGAUCAUCGAUCAGUUCCAUUCCAAAAUACUCAACGAUGAGCGUCAACAGACCAAGUUCUCUGGCGAUGAGCUGAAUCUGUAUCAGCAGCGACUCAAUCAACUGCAAAAGGUCUAUGCCGAAUUGCUUAGCACUUCGACAAAGCGUCUAUCCGAUCUGGACUCAUUGCAACACUUCUUGAAGCAUGCCUCUGACGAACUGCAGUGGCUCAACGAGAAGGAGCAGGUGGAAAUCACACGCGACUGGGCGGACAAACAACUCGAUCUGCCCUCUGUGCACAGAUACUAUGAGAACCUGAUGUCCGAACUGGAGAAGCGUGAGAUGCAUUUUGCAACUAUUCUGGAUCGUGGAGAGGCUUUGCUCAAUCAACAGCAUCCGGCCUCGAAGUGCAUUGAGGCCCAUCUGACGGCCUUGCAACAGCAAUGGGCGUGGCUCUUGCAGCUGACACUCUGCCUGGAGGUGCAUUUGAAGCAUUCAACGGAAUAUCAUCAGUUCUUUGCUGAGAUCAAGGAUGCCGAGCAAUGGCUAACGAAACGCGAUGAAAUACUCAAUAGCAAGUACUCACAAUCCGAUUUUGGUUUGGAUCAGGGCGAGGCCUUGUUGCGUGGCAUGCAGGAUCUGCGGGAGGAGCUAAAUGCCUUUGGAGAAACCGUUGCCACGUUGCAACGUCGUGCCCAGACCAUUGUGCCCUUAAACAAACGCCGUCAACCGGUUAAUCGUCAGGGUCCAGUGCAGGCAAUAUGCGCCUACAAGCAACAGGGUCAACUGCAGAUUGAGAAAGGUGAAACGGUCACACUGUUGGACAAUUCGGGACGCGUCAAGUGGCGUGUACGCACGGCCAAGGGUCAGGAGGGUUCCAUACCCGGUGCCUGUCUCCUGUUGCCGCCUCCCGAUCAGGAGGCCAUCGAUGCUGCUGAGCGUCUGAAGCGCUUAUUCGAUCGCUCCGUCGCAUUGUGGCAGAAGAAGCAUCUGCGUCUGCGUCAGAAUAUGAUAUUUGCCACCAUACGUGUCGUCAAGGGCUGGGAUUUCGAUCAGUUCCUGGCCAUGGGACCCGAACAGCGUACGGCAAUUCGACGUGCCUUGAACGACGAUGCGGAUAAAUUGUUAAGCGAGGGCGAUCCAAAUGAUCCGCAACUGCGACGAUUACGCCGUGAAAUGGACGAGGUCAAUCGACUGUUCGAUGAGUUUGAGAAGCGCGCCCGAGCCGAAGAGGAGAGCAAACAGGCGAGUCGCAUCUUUACCGAGGAAUGCAUUGCGAUCAAGAGUAAACUGGAGGAUAUGGCCAGAGAGUUGGAUCAGAUUAUAUUGGCGCCAUUGCCACGUGAUCUGGACUCGCUGGAGCAUGUGCUCGAGAUUCAUGCUGAUUAUGAGCGUCGUCUUCAGCUGCUCGAACCGGAGUUGAAGCAUUUGCAGGAAACCUUCCGUACAAUUGCGCUGAAGACGCCAGUUCUCAAGAAAUCGCUAGAUAAUCUAAUGGAGCUGUGGAAGGAGCUGAAUACGCAGAGUGGCCUGCAUAAGGAUCGCUUGAAGCUGCUCGAAGCCUCACUGGCCGGCCUCGAGGACAACGAGCAUGUCAUAUCCGAGCUGGAGAACGAACUGGCCAAGCAUCAGGAUCUACCCUCAACUGCCGAGGGUCUACAGCAGGUGUUCAAGCAAUUGACCCACAUGCAGGACAUCAUCACACAGCAACAGCCGCAAAUGGACAAGAUGAACGAUGCCGCCGAUCAACUGGGACGCAUGGGCGUACCCACAAAGGUGCUAAGCGAUCUGAAGCGUCUGCACUCGAAUGUGGAGCGUCUAAAUACGCGCUGGAGUGCGGUCUGCAAUCAAUUGGGCGAAAGAAUGCGCUCAUGCGAGACAGCAAUUGGCCUGAUGAAGAAUCUCCAAUCGAGCGUGCAAGUCGAGGAAUCAUGGGUGGAUGGCACUACGGAACGUUUAUCGGCCAUGCCCACAGCGACUUCAGCUUACGAAUUAGACAAACUGCUCGGAGCUGCAAUUGAACGAAAACCAAAAAUCGAAAAUGUCAACGUGGCUGGAGGACGACUCAUUCGCGAAGCUAAGAUUUACGAUAGUAAAUGUCUGCGCUUUGUGGAUUGGUUGCUUGAGGCACGUCCAUCAUUCUCGCCACCACGUAGGGAUCUGCGUCCGGCGGAUAGCGAUCCGGGUGCGACACAGUAUUACAGCCAGCGUUUGGAUAAUUUAAAUACGAAAUACGACAGAUUGCUGGAACAAUUGUCACAGAGGCUAAAAACCGCGAUCGAGGUUAACGGCAGCGAUGGUCUGCAAUACGCUGAAAGUCUACAGAAACCGCUGAAGACCUUUAGAGUUGACUUCAGUGCGGGCAGCGUGCCAACUGGCGAUGGCUACGCUGCACGUCCGGAUGAUCUCUAUACAACUACAUAUAGCACAACACAAUUCAGCUCAACGAAAACAACGAAAAGCUCAUCAAAGAGAAUCUAUAGCAGCGAUGGCAUCGAUGCUGUAACGGUGGGACAGGAGGGAGAGCAGACACCGCAAUCCCAGAUACAGUUUAGUGAGAUACGCAGCAAUCUUAAGAGAUUGCCAGGCAAUGGCACCUCGGUGUUGGACAUUGCCGGCAUAAGGGAUCCACGCACGGGACGAGUACUCACCAUUGGAGAGGCGAUCCAUUUGCGGAUUCUUGAUGUGCGUACGGGAGAAAUGCUCGUGGGUGAUCGUCGCAUCACAUUGGAACAGGCUGCAGAUCAGGGACUGAUCGAUGCACAACUGGCGAUACAGUUGCUUCAGCCCGGCGCUGGACGAGAUGCGGCUGGCCGCGAGUUGUCGCUGCUGGAGGUGAUACAGCGUGAAAUAAGCGAAGCGGAAUCCGGCUAUGAGACGGCCGAGAAACGCAUCAAGGUAAACAACACAAUCACAGUAGAGUCGCAAUCACAAUCGCAAUCCCAAUCGCAAUCCCAACUGGAUGGGGCAUCACCAGAGAAACCCAGAAAUAUUGUCGACGCCAUUGGUGCUGGAAGUGUGGAUGCCAAGACGGGUCUUUAUCGUGUCAAAUCGGGCCAAACUAUCAGCCUGGCGGAGGCCUACGAGCGUGGCUAUCUCAUUCGACACGAAUCGGUGACAAUCAAAUCGAAUGCGCUGUGCCUCAGCGAUGCCAUUGCACAUGGCCUGGUGGACACGGCUGGCUGGAUAAUUGAUCGAAAUUCCGGUGACAAGUUCCGUCUGGACUCGGCAAUUGCCAAUCAACUGAUCGAUGCGAGCGUUCGCGAAGUAGUCGAUGCGAAGCGUGAUGUUAAAAUUACCCUGCAAUCGGCAUUGCAAUCGGGUGUGCUCAACGCGAAAACGGGUCGUUAUGUGAACGAGGUAACCAAAGAGAAGCUUAGCUUCUUGGAGGCGCGUAAUCGUCAAUUGAUCGUUAAACCGUAUACCCUUAAGGAUAUUUGCGAUCUAAAUUUGCUCGAUAAACAGAAUCUAAUCACAAGUCCAAUGCGUCGCGAGAAAUUGAGUAUCAUGCAGGCGAUCGAGGCGGGAGUUUUGGAUGGUAAUCAGCUCAAGUGUAUUACCAAGCGAAAGGGUGAGUUGAUCACAUUGCAGGAGGCCAUUGCCGAUGGCAUUGUCCUGCCAGCCGAAUGUAAAUAUCGUGAUUUUAUGACCGGUGAAUUGAUAAGCAUACCGGAGGCCGUGGAACGUGGUUUAAUUAGUUCGGUGGCUCAGCGUUCGAUAUUUGAUAUUGACGGUUUCAAGGAUCUGCGUAGCAAUGAUUAUGUUAGCUUUAAUGUGGCCCUCUCACGCGAUCUAUUGCGUCGCAAGAGCACGGGCUUUGCCUUAGAGACAGGUAGGGAUAGCCUGGUGCCACUGGAGGUGGCUGUUGGCGAGAGUCUGGUGCGCCAGGAGGUCUAUGAGAUGUUUAGCCGUGGCAUUGGUGUCCACAAUGCCAGCGGUAAGGAGCUGAAUGUCUUUGAUUUGGUCUAUCACAAUCUGAUUGAUCCGAAGACAGGCUAUUUGCUCGAUCCCAAGACUGGUGAGACAGUGCCUCUGGACAGCGCCAUCGAGCGUAAGUUCAUCACCCCCGAGGGGGCGUUGCUGCUAAGCAGCCUGCUUAAUAUUACGCUGACCACUGAGACUGUAACAAGGACGAUCAAUCGAUAUGUGACCAUACGUGCCGGCUCCCAAGAGCCAGGAGAUACUGUUCUCCUCACCUUUACUGAGGCAGUCCGACAAGGUUUCAUUGACGAGGACAGGCAACUCUUUAAAGAUCCCAAAACAGGCAAUGUUUAUUCCGUACAGCAAGCCCUCAACUACGGCCUCCUUGUGCCGGACAGCAAUCAGACAGUACCGGAACCGACAAACCGUAAAAAGACAAAGUCAACCAUUACAAUAGUCACGAAACAAAUAAUCCCAGAAGCGGAGCCCAUUAAACUGAAUACACAGCAUACGAAAUAUGUGGAAAAGUCGGUGGAAAUUCCCAUUUCCCAAGAGUUGAUUAAGCCACAGCGUGUCGUCUCUGAGUUUAUCAAUUUGGAAAAGAGCAGCUAUAUCGAACAGAAUGUGACGGAGCGACAAAUUAUGGAGCUGCCACCAGGAGGUUGGCGUCUCAAGGAUGCCAUCGAGCAGCGUCUCUUCAAUCCCGAUACGGGUGUAUUCCAUAUACAGGGCACCGAUCGUCUAGUCAACUUCGAGGAGUGCAUUGACAAGCAGAUAAUUAACAAUCUAUCGGUGGCUGUUAUUGAGCCCAACACUGGCGAUAAGCUAUCCGUUAAAUCCGCCUUCGAGCGUGAUAUCCUGGACAGCUAUGGCAACUAUACAAAUAACAGGCAACAGGUGCUGGGCAUGCGCAGUGCCAUUGCCGAGGGUAAGAUUAUCCUGGAGACAGUGCCGGCCACACGAGGUGCUAGUCAAAAGACCAUACUUCGGAUAACGCGAGUGAAUAAUAUGCCUGAUGUGCUGGAGGUCUCGACACCAUUGAAGAAUGCUCCACCUCGAUUUGUAGAGGUCAGCACUUGUCAGCGGGAGUUGGCUUCACCGGAGCCACUGCAAAUAGCACCUGGUGCCAUCUAUGAUCCAUCGACGGCACUGGUAAUCUUCACACAGAGCGGUGAGACAGAGAACAUCUUUGAUGCAGCGCGUCAGGGAUUGAUCGAUGAGCAGCUAAUCAAAAUUGUGGAUCCGACAACAAGGCAAACAAUUUCCGUAACUGAAGCCAUUGCACGUUCCAUUUAUGAUCCCCGAACGGGAACCAUAUUGAAUGCUGAAGGUCAACCUGUGGAUUUGAUUACAGCCACUAAACUGGGACUACUAAGUGUGGUGGGUGCACCACUUGUGGCAGCUGAGGGAGCUCUGCGCACCGUGCGCUUUGUGGUUGAUCCACGCACCGGUGAACAGAUCCCAGUUGAGGUUGCCUACGAGCGUGGCAUCGUUUCACGUGAUCAACUGCAGCGUGGACGUUCUUUUGAGAGUGAACCGACGACAAUCAGCACGGAAGAGAAGGUCGUGGUGCUGCAAAAGAUGCGUAAGAUUAUACUAAAACCACGGGAUGCCAUGCGCAAGGGAAUUAUCGAUGAGGAAACCUGCCAGAUACUCGAGGAUACGAGCAACUUUACCAAUCCUCAGGGUGAGGUCGUCAACAUUAGCGAGGCCCUCAACACGGGACUGAUUGAUGGACGACGUGGUCAUGUGACGGAUCCACAGGGCAAUCGUGUGUUGAACCUGCGACAAGCUGUCGAACAAAAGAUCCUUGAUCCUGAGCAGACUAAUCAUAUUCUAAUGCCGCUGGCAAAGAGUCUCUCCAUACCCAGACUGGAGGCACAGGGACUCAUUGAUCCACAGACACAGACUAUUGUGCAUCCGGAGAGCGGUUACCCCUUGAGCAUUCAUGAAGCCAUUGUUUGUGAGGUGCUGGAUCCACAUUCCAAGCUGCAUAAGCCCAACAAGUGUACACUGGAAGAAGCCAUCGCGAAAGGCAUCAUCAAUCCAGAUGAAUCUACAUUCAAUUACAAAGACAAGACACUUAACAUUUCGGAAGCCAUUCAGGCAAAUCUCUUCGAUGCGAGCUAUGACAAGCAAAAGUCCAAGGUGGACAUUCCACCUGUUGGCAUGAUAUUCCCGGUGGCCGUGGAGAAGAGUCUUGUGGAACCCACAAAGCGUGUGGUGUUGCAUUCGAGCACUAGGCAGGCAUUGCCUAUCAAGCAGGCGAUCGAGGAUAACUUUAUUAUGUCCAUACCCUAUGCUCCCAAACCGGAUGCCAUUGAAGUGGUAUCUGCCCUGGAACGUGAUCUAAUCGAUGUGGCUGCCCAGACACUGACGCAUCCAACAACUGGAGAGCGUUUGCCACUUCGUCAAGCCCUCGAAAAUGGUGUGCUUGUGAUUAAGCCCUUGUCCGACUUUGUUGUCAACCAGAAACCCAUUCCCAAGACAGAGAUAAUGGAGACUCUCCGUGCUGUACACACGGUGACAACUAAAACAAUUGAACUGAUGCAGGGAUAUGUUCUCAUCUCCAACAAUGAGGUGCAGAAUGUCACCACCGGUGAAGUCUGUAGCCUGGAAGAAGCCAAGGAACUGGGCAUUUUACGCGAAGAGGCCGUCACACGAGAGACCAAAGCCUCAACUGGAGAAGCUGUGGAUCAAGUGACAUCAACUAUAUUGCCUAGCUCCAGUGAUCAGACUAUGGUUGUUGAGGAGCGCACACAAACCGUUGUGGUGAGCUCAGAUACUCGCAAGCAGGAGUUGCAAGUGGUUAGCACCACCACACAACAAUCCACCAGUGAUACGAUCAAAGAAACUGAAGUAAAGUCCAGCAAGGAGCCAUCCAAGACACUGCAGAAUGUGAAGGAGGCAGCCAAGUUAGGUGCCCUGGGUGUUAUUGCAGCGCCUGUGCUGGCUGGUGGUGCAAUUGUCAGUGGUGUGAAGAGUCUCAUCAAGUCGGCAAAGUCACCCGCUGAAGAAAGCAAAUUGAAAGAAACAACAACCACAACAAUCACUCACUCGAAGGAAGCAGAGAAACCAGAGAAACCUCAAGUGAGCUUCAUAGAAGAAGAGCGCAAAUUUACAGAGCAAAUGCAACCACAGCCACAGGAACAAGCACAACCAAAACCACAACCACAACAAGUAACAAGUGAAGUUGAUAAUUUGCUGCAGGAUACGGAGCAAUUUAUCAGCUCCACAACAGCCAAUUUUAUAGCCAAUGAAAAACAACAGCAAUUGCCAAAGGAACAACAACCUCAGACAGCAACAACAAUUGGGCAAACAAGCACCACAACAACAACAACAACAGUCACAACAAUUACUACCUCAAAGACAGCAACAGAAUCAACUGAUACUGAACCCUCUAUUGUGGUUCAAGAUGAAAAGCCAACAAUAACUGUAAGAGAACAAGAAGUGGAGAAGCCCAAGGAAACAGAAAUCGAAAAGGUCAAGCCAGAUGUUACACAAAUUAUUGAAACCGUCCAUACUGUGAGCAGCAAGGAAACAAUUCCAGUUGUAACAGAAACCCAUGACAUAAAGGAGCAAACCACAAAAGAGCAGAAGACUGUGGUUAAGGAAGAAACAGUCACAAAACCCGAACCAAUGCCCAGAACUGCUGUCAAGGAAGAGGUUACUGAAUUUGAGCCACCCUACACGGCACCACUGGCGCCAUUUGAAGAGACAGAGCCACAAGUCACCUCUGUAAAGGUAACUGAAACUGUAAUCGAGGAACCACUUACGGAAUCGCAAACCACCACAACAACAACAACCAUUGUUACAACAACAAAUACAAUUGAGCAAAGUCCAAUUGUUGAAGAAGUUACAGAAACCACUGUGACAAGUCCAUCCUCGAAGCCAGCAGAAAAGCUGGAAGAACCCACUGCCGUCCAAGUGCCAAGCAUAAUUGUGGAGUCAAUUGAACCUGUCGUAAGCGACAUUAUAGUGGAGGAAAGUGUGGUGACUAUUGAGGAACCCACAACUACAGAAUCAACUACGACCACCACCACCAUAACUACAACAACAAUAACUAGCGAAGCUCAAUUGCCAGAGAGAAUUGUCAUUGUGACAGAGGAGACAAAGGAAGAGAUCAGUGAGGAGGAUCCUAAGAAUAAACCCGCAGAAAAAGAGAAGAUUGAGGAAAAGCCCAAAGAAGAGGCAACUACACCCAAAGCAAAAUUGCCAGAAAAACCAACUGAAUCUACAGAAUCAAUAACUACAGUAACACAAGAGAAACCACAUCAACCUGGUGUCCUAGAGCAAGUGCAGCAACCGAUAACUAGUCUGGAAAAGCAUCAAACUGUUGUCGACUUUAUACAAAACGAGAAAUCGCAACAGUCUGGCAGCAAUCUUAUGCAAAAUGUCAAGGAUGCGGCCAAAUUGGGUGCCCUGGCAAUUGUGGGAGCACCUGUGUUGGCCGGCAAGGCUCUGGUGGAUGCUCUGAGUACGGAAAAGACAACAAAACCCAUUCAGAAGACAACCGAAGUAGUCACAGCAACAACAGAAGAAUCACUGCCAGAGAGCUCAAGUAGCGCCACAAUUGUAACAAAGAUUACGACAACUAAAACAACGACUACAACGAGCAGCAGCACAGAGUCAACACCCGAGGAAGAGGCACGAGAUACAAUGGAGGAGACGACUGUGGAGCAUUCGGGAAAACGUGAUGUGCCCUUGACACUGGCAAUUGGUGAUGCCAUCUCACAAAAACUGAUUAGUCCCGAGGAGUGUCAGGUGAUAGUCGAUGGUGAGCCACAGUCGGAAAGUGUGGCAACGCUGCUCAAGGAGGAACAGCUCAGUCCAUUGGAUGAAGUGCAAAUUAUCGAUGAUAAAUUGAUUGUAUUGCAACAGAUUAGUUACCUCGUUGAUAUAGAUACCGAACUGACAGCCGAAAAACUUCACGAACUGAAUAUCUAUGACUCGAAGCAUCAGUACUUUAUUGAUCCUUCCACAGGACAGAAGAUAUCCUUCCAAGCACUCGUCUUUGAUAUGAACAUUUUCAAUCCCGAAACGAUUCUCGUUAAGAACUUUAGUACAGGCAAAUAUGAGACAUUGACGUCCGCUCUGGAGCGUCCGCUUUUAGAUAAACAUACAGGACACAUGGUCGAUCCGAAAACAGGCAAGAAAAUACCAUUCUUUGAGUGCAUCGAACGACAGUGGAUAAUUCGUGCCAAUCCAGAAGAACAACGUCCCGCUCCGAUCGAGAAUGUUAUGAUCGAUGCCCAAACAGGCAAGGUUGUUCUUGACGAUGGUCGGGUUUGUUCCAUUGUUGAGGCCAUCAACAGUGGCAAGCUGGACAUACAGUCGAUAUCGGUGCGCGACCCAGUCAGCGGUGAGGUGAUUCCCCUGCGUAUGGCAAUUGAGUUGGGUGUGGUUGAUAUGCAGGCUGGCACGGUCAUAGAUAUACAGACACUCAAAGAAAUACCCAUGGAGGUGGCAUUCCAAUUAGGUUUCCUUGUGCCCGGUGCACGUAAACCGAUCUCCCUCGAGGCUGCCGUUCGCAAGGGUCUUUACGAUCCCGAGACCGGCAAGCUCUACGAUUCGGAGUCACAAAAUCAAGUUGAUGUCCAAAAGUCUAUUGAAAUUGGUUUGGUUGAUCCCAAGAUUUCGCUGAUUGUCGAUACAGUCACUAAGAAGGAGCUGAAGCUCGAUUGCGCCAUUGAGGAUGAUCUUGUAUUGCCCGCAACGGGACAGAUUAAAGACAACAAGAACAAUACUCUGGUACCCUUCGAUGUGGGCGUACAACAGCGUCUAGUAAAGACCGAUAGCGUCACCUGGAGUCUUCCAGAGCUGCUCCAACGCGAAUAUUAUUCGCCAAGCACUGGCAAGGUUCUCAAUCCCGUAACAGGCGAGGAUAUUCUCUUACAGCAGGCCAUUGAAAUGGGCUUUGUCGAGUUGGAAUCGACGCUGGUUAAGGAUGCCGAACACGAUAAGAUUGUGCCCGGCAAGGAAGCCGCCAAAUCUGGACUACUUGACACGGUACGUGGCACUCUCAGCUCGCCCAACAUCAGUCUGGAUGAGGCCUUUGUUAAGGGUUAUCUCAUAAGCACCAAGUCACCUCUUUCCCUUGUCGAUUGUCUGCUGCGUGGUCUAUACGAUCCUUUGACAGCCAAGUUUACCAUUGACAAGAAGCAACUUGACUUGAAAUCAGCCAUUGCGCUGAAGCUUAUCAAUCCGGAAGAGCUGGUGCUGUUGGACCCGAAGACGGAGUCAAUUAUUUCCCUGAAUGAAGCUAUAGCCAAGGGCUAUCUUGAUCCAAUUGGUGGCUUUGUCAUCAAUCCAUAUGCCUCAACGAAGCUCUCACUGAACGAGGCACUCGAGAAUCGCAUUCUCAUUCCACCCAAACGUAAGCGUAGUCUGCCCGACGCUGUCUAUAGAGGAUUAUACGAUCCAAAGACUGGCCAGUUUAGUAAUACAAUCACUCGGGAGAAGCUGACAACUGAACGUGCCAUUCGUAGGGGGAUACUCGAUCCCGAUUCGACGGUCGUCAAUGUGUGUGGACAGGUAAUACCGUUUGGUGUGGCCACCGAAACGGGUAUUGUGGAUAGUCAGCAGGGCACAGUGAGGGAUUCAUCAGAUGAUCAGCAAAUUGAUUUUAAGGAAGCAUUCGAUAAGGGUGUGCUCGUUGAAGCAAAGAAACCUUUGCGUCUCAUCGAAGCAGUUGUCAAGAAUAUCUAUGACGAGACAGACGGUCACUUUGUGGAUCCCAAGUCUGGAGAGAAAUUGAACUUUGCCGAGGCGCUCAACACGAAUCUGUUGGACGAGCACAGUGUACAGAUUCGAGAUUUCAAGAGUGGACUUUACAAGCAACUUAAUCUGACCCAUGCCAUGGACGAGGGCAUCAUUGAUCCCCAGAAUUCCAAGCUGCUGUACAACAACCAGACAGUGACGAUCAAGCACGCUUUCAACAUUGGCAUUCUCAUGGAUGUCAAUGCUCCCAUCAGUGUUCAACGUGCCAUUCAUCAGGGUCUUUUCGAUGAUAGAACCGGCAAGUUAAGUGAUCCCAAGACAGGUCGCAAAAUCACCCUUCUUGAGGGUAUGCGAAGCUUUGUUAUUAAUCCUCAUCUACCCUGUUAUUUCGAUGAGCAAACAGAACAGAUGUUCAGUCUCAGCGAGACUUGUCGCAAUGGCAUCAUUAACCGAAGGGAGGGUGUCUUUAAGGAGCCAGGCAGCAGUACCUUUGUACCUUUGGGGGAAGCGAUGAGCUUAGGUCUAAUUGUGGACAUUGAGAAUGCAGGCUUUGGGCUAUAUGAACUAUUGGCCAUGGGCUUCUAUGAUGUUACAACACGUAAAGUUCUCCAUCCCGUAACGAAUCGCAAACUCAAUCUGAACGAGGCUUGUGUCGAGGAUGUCGUUAGUCUUUCCUCUAGUUUGGUCAAGCAUCAUGAAACAGGCAAAUACAUGCGCUUAGCGGCUGCCCUUAAGGAACAGCUCAUAGAUGAUACCAAGGGUUGUUACAACUUACCCAACGAGCAAUUGGACUUACAGACAGCUAGGACACGUGGGUUAAUCGUCUCGAAUCGUCGCCUCUUAAGUCUAGAGAUGGUAUUGCGAAUGCAACUCUAUCGUCCAGAAACUGGAAAGUUCUGCGAUCCCACGACGGGUGAUUAUCUUGAUUUGAUUGAAGCCAUACAUGCUGGCUUCAUAGAUCCCGCGAGUACAGUCUUCAAGAAUCAGCUAACGGGUAAAGAGCUAUCUCUAACCGAGGCAAUUGAAAAUAGCGAAAUUGAUGUGACAAAGGGACGCGUUCUCGAUCCAAAAUCCAAGUCAACUUAUAACUAUGAUGUAGCAUUCGCGCGUGGCAUACUCGUGACCGUGAUACGACCUUUGACCGAUCGCAAUGAGGUCGUGCGUCGCAUGGACAGCGUCGAGUUGUUAAGUCAAACGCCCGUGAGCGUUGUCAUAAGCAAACCGCGUGAAAUGUCUCUCGAGGAGGCCAUCAGAUAUAAUAUAAUCGAUCCAAAGACCGCACUUGUUCGCGAUUUCGAUAGCUACAAAUUCUUGCCCUAUGCCGUGGCCCAGGAACGCGGUCUUGUCGAUGUCACGAAGCGAACGAUCGUCGAUCCGAAAGCCUUGUAUUUUGUGUUUGAUCCUACAUUGAUUGUCUAUGUACGCGAACCGAUCACAUUCGAUCAGGCCGCCGAGUCCAAGGAUCUGGAUCUUCAAACCGGUAUGCUGACCUAUCUGCCAGGUGCGAUCGUUAGUGGCGAUAGCGCAAAUGAUUCCCUGACUGUCAUCGAGACGCCGAAGGUAUAUACGCUUAAGGAUGCCGCCAGUGCAGGUAUCAUUGAUCCCGAUUCGGCACUGGUCAAGGAUUUGGCCAAGGCGAAGCUUGUGCGUUUGCCAGAGGCCUUCCGCAAGGGUUUAAUGGAUGCGAACAAGGCGAAUGUGUUGAAUACACAAACCUCAAAGCUAUGCACACUGCAGGAGGCCUAUGAGAUUGGCCUAAUCUGUACACCGAAGCGUUCAUUUGGUUUGCUAGAAUCGAUCACCUUCAACCUGUAUAAUCCAACCAAUGGUUGUCUAGUUGAUCCCUUCCAAAUGCAUCCCGAUAUCAUCAAGCGUAAGAAGUAUACACUGGCCGAGGCCAUUAGUUCAGGCUUAAUUGAUCCCUCCUCGACGGUGGUGCGUGAUCCCAGCACUGGGGUCAUCCUGCCACUUGCUGCGGCCAUUACCAAUGGCCUAAUCGAUCCAAUCGCUGGCCGUCUUAACGAUACCAAUGAGCCAAAGAACAACAUCGAUUUGGUGAAGGCGGCCGAGAAGGGUUUACUCCUGCCAGCCGAACAGCGGCAAGCAGUAUUCGAGAAGUUCAACAUGUGCGAGGAGAAUGUCAACGAUCUUCUCAAAUGGGUCACAUCCGUCGAACAGAAAAUCUCAAGCGUUGGGGGACCACGUGAAAAAAUCGAUGAAUUGCGCAAUCAAAUCAAUGCGCUCAAGCAAAUCAAGGAUGAAAUUGAAUCCCAGCAGCGUCCAGUUGCCACCUGUCUGGAGCAAAUCCGCCAGAUUGUCCUUACUGGGGGAGAUGUGCUCUCUGCUCCAGAAGUUACAACACUGGAGAACUCUGGUCGUGAGUUGCGUUCUCGUGUGGAUCGUGUCAAUGAUCGCACAAUGCGUCUGCUGCGUCGUCUGGAGGCUGGACGUGAUGAGCUGACCAAGUUGCGUAGUGAAUUGGAUGUCUUCUCUGACUGGUUGCAGUUGGCCAGGCGGACGCUGGAGGACAAGGAGCGCUCCCUGUCGGACCUCACACGUCUGUCCUCGCAGGCGGAUCCUGUUCGGGAGUUUGUCAGCGAUGUGAUUGGUCAUCAGGCGGAUCUGCGUUUCAUUACAAUGGCCGCACAGAAGUUUGUGGAUGAGAGCAAGGAAUUCUUGGCCGUCCUCAAUGACUUCCGCACAUCCUUGCCGGAGCGAUUGCCUCAUGUGGAGCCGCUGUCCAGUGCCGAGAGUCCCAUACGCCAGGAGGUUUCUCUGGUGUCGGCACAGUACAAGGACCUGCUGAACCGUGUCAAUGCGCUCCAGGAUCGUGUCUCUGGUCUGGGUGGCAGACAACGUGAGUAUCAAGAUGCCCUGGACAAGGCCAACGAGUGGCUGAGAAGCGUUCAACCGCGAGUUUCUCGCAUUAUCUCUGAGCCCGUUGCCGGUGAUCCCAAGGGUGUGCAGGAUCAGAUGAACGAGGCCAAGGCGCUCCACAACGAGCUGCUCUCCAGUGGCCGCCUUGUCGACAAUGCCCAGCAAGCUUUGGACAAUCUAUUGCGCAGUCUGGGCGGUCAACUGAGCCCUAUGGAGAUCAAUCAAUUGGAGCUGCCCAUUGCCGAUCUGAAGAACAAUUAUCAACAGCUGUUGGAUACGCUGGGUGAGCAUUGCAAGACUUUGGACAAGACGCUGGUGCAGUCACAGGGUGUGCAGGAUGCACUUGAUAGCCUUGUGGGCUGGGUCAAUCAGGCUGAGGAUAAAUACAAGAUGAAUCUGCGACCCGCCUCGCUGAUCAAGGAGCGUCUUCAGGAGCAGAUUCGUGAGCACAAAGCGCUACUCUCUGAUCUGCAAUCGCAUCAGGCCAGCAUUGACAGUGUCCAAAUCUCAGCGAAGCAUCUGCUGGCCAGCGCAUCAAAUGCUCGCAUUGCCAAGAAGGUUGAAUCCAAUCUGAACGACGUCACCGGCAAAUUCGAGAAGCUUUACGAGAAGGCUAACAAGCGUGGUGAGUUCCUCGACGAGGUCUACAACCGUUUGUCCAAGUAUCUGGAUGACAUAAGCAACGUGGAGCAGCGCAUGGGCAACUUGCAGGAGGCCCUCGACAGCCGAGAGACGAGUCUGCUCUCGACGGAGGAGUUGGCACGUCGUAUGCAGGAUUUGUCACGCGACAAGGAUCAGCUGGCGCCACAAUUCGAGGAUUGUGUGCGCAAUGGCAAGGAUCUGUGCGGUCUGCGUGAUGUGACCGACACAGGUGCAUUGAGGGAUCGCAUCAAGGCGCUGGAAUCUCAAUGGCGCAACAUCAACAUCAGCAUCGAUGAGCGCGCCAAGCUGUCCAAGCAGAAGGCCGAACGUCGUCUGGCCUAUGAGAGCCUCAAGGAUGAUGUUCUCUCCUGGCUGACAAGCACCGAGGGACGUGUCAAUGGAUUGACACCUGUGGCCAUAGAUCUCGAUAAGAUCCGGCAGCAACACGAUGAAUUGAAGCCCAUCUGCAAGGACUAUCGUGACUAUGCACCCACGAUUGAUAAGAUCAAUGAUAUUGGCGCCCAAUAUGAUGCCUUGAUUCGUCCGGAUAGUCCCACUCGGAAAAGGUCGACAUAUAGUCCGAUCAAGAGGGCAAGUCCGCUGCGACGAAUGUCCGGAGACGCCAGAAGCCCCAGCCCGACCAAGGGAGGCAUACUGUCGCCACUAUCGACUGGUUCCAGUGGAUUUGGUAGCCGCAGAUCCUCUCAGGAUGGCUUCCAGCUAUCUGAGCUGUCUCCGGUUCAGCAGCAGCUGAGCGAGAUAAACAAUCGCUAUGGUCUUAUUGGUGUUCGUCUCAAUGAUCGUCAACAUGAGCUGGAUAAUCUAAGCGAGGAGGUGCGUAAGCAGUACGAGAACUUGAAGGGAUUGGCUCAAUUCCUCGAUCGCAUUCAGCGUCAAGUGCCCAAGGAGUCGGUGUCCAACAAGGAUGAGGCUGAUCGCUGCAUUAAGCAGGCGCGCAAGAUACUCGAGGACAUGUAUGAGAAGCAGAGUCUGUUGGACACAACCAAGGCUCAGAUUAAGGACAUACUGCGUCGCAAGUCCGAUGUUCCUGGGGCCGAGCAACUGCGUCUGGAGAACGACAACAUCCAGGAGAAAUGGAAGAAUCUCAACGAUAUUUGCAAAAAUCGUAUUGCCUUCUCCGAAAAGUUGCGGGAUUUCCUGGACACGCAUGGCAACCUCAAGAGCUGGCUGGACAGCAAGGAGCGCAUGUUUACGGUCUUGGGACCCAUUUCAUCUGAUCCUCGCAUGGUCCAGAGUCAAGUGCAACAGGUGCAAGUGCUGCGAGAAGAGUUCCGCACACAGCAACCGCAAUUGAAGCACUUCCAGGAGUUGGGACACGAUGUCGUCGAUCAUUUGGCCGGUACUCCUGAUGCUCAGGCUGUCGAGCUGAAGCUCAAGGAUGUCAUCACCAAGUGGGAUGAUCUAAUGGGCAAACUGGACGAUCGUGCCAACAGCUUAGGCGGUGCCGCCGAUAGCUCCAAGGAGUUUGAUGCGGCCGUCAACCGACUUCGCGAAGCUCUGCAAAAUAUUAGCGACAACUUGGACACCUUGCCCAGCGAUGGCGAUCACCAGGAGAAUCUGCGCAAGAUCGAGAACCUCGAGCGUCAACUGGAGGGCCAACGCCCCCUGUUGGCUGAUGUGGAGCAAUCCGCAACCACAUUGUGCAAUAUUCUGGGUGAUCCCGCCUCUCGUGCAGAUGUCAAUUCACGUGUAGCCGCCUUGGAGAAACAAUACCUGGCGCUGCAGAAGAAACUGGAUACCAAGAAGGCCGAAACCGAGGCCUCAUUGCGUGAUGGACGUCACUUUGCCGAGAAUUGCUCAAAGACCCUCGGCUGGCUAUCGGGAGAGCUGUCCAAUUUAACCGAUCGCCUUUUGGUUUCCGCUCACAAGCCAACGCUGCAGCAUCAGAUCGACACCCAUGAGCCAAUAUACCGUGAGGUCAUGGCCCGCGAGCAUGAAGUCAUAAUGCUGAUCAAUAAGGGCAAGGAUCUGUCCGAUCGUCAACAGGAUCGUGGUGUCAAACGGGAUCUAGAUCGCAUACAGCAACAGUGGGAGAAACUGCGUCGCGAAGCUGUCGAUCGUCAUACACGUCUGCAAACCUGCAUGGAACACUGCAAGAAGUAUUCACAGACAUCGGAGACCUUCCUCGCCUGGCUGCGCACAGCUGAGGAUAAGCUGGCCGAUCUAACACCUGGCGUACUGUCCAAGUCGAAGCUGGAGACGCGCCUUCGCGAUCUGCAAACCUUCCGUAGCGAGGUAUGGAAGCAUUCGGGCGAGUUUGAAAAUACCAAGGGCCUGGGCGAUACCUUCCUCACCAGCUGUGACAUCGACAAGGAACCGAUUAAGGCCGAGCUCCAGGACAUUCGCGAUCGUUGGGAGCGUCUCAACAAUGAUCUGAUUGCCCGUGCCCACGAGAUUGAGAAUUGUUCACGUCGCUUGGGUGACUUUAACGAUGAGUUGCGCAAUCUGGAUCACUCGCUAGGUCGCUGCGAAGAUCGUCUGGCCGCCCACGACGCCUUGGGCGGUGCAGCCAAGGAUCCCAAGUUGCUGGAACGUGUCAAGGCCAUUCGCGAGGAGCUGACAAAUCUCAGCAAACCUUUGCAAUCGCUCAAGGCUCUAGCCAAGGACAUUAGUGCCGAAGCACGUGCCGCUGGCGGAGAUGCCGAUCAUUUGACCAGCGAAGUGGACGGUCUGGCCGAUCGCAUGUCCGAGCUCCAAGGACGACUGGAUGAUCGUUGUGGCGAGCUACAAUCAGCCGCAACGGCUGUCUCUCAGUUCAAUGAACAGAUGAAGAGCUUGGGCAUUGAUUUGAAUGAUCUGGAAACGGAAGUGGAGAAGCUAUCGCCACCUGGACGUGAAAUAAAGAUUGUCCAGCAACAAUUGGAUGAUGUUGGCAAGCUGCAGAACAAACUGGAUCGUCUUGUCGGUCGCCUGGAGGAUGCAGACCGUGCCGCCGAUGUCCUAGUCGAUGCUGGAUUUGCCGCCGACACGACACAGACCCGUGAACAAAUAUCAACGCUACGCAAAACAUUGGGACGCCUCGAUAAUCGGGUGCGUGAUCACGAGGAUAAUCUGCAGAGCACACUGAAGGCACUCCGUGAGUUCUACGACAUUCAGUCGCAGACUCUCGACGAUAUCAAGGACGUGAGCGAUGAGUUCAAGCGCAUGAAACCAGUUGGAUCGGAGCUGGAUCAGAUACGUCGCCAACAGGAGGACUUCCGCAAUUUCCGUGAGCGCAAGGUCGAGCCAUUGGCCGUCAAUGUGGACAAGGUGAAUGUGGCUGGACGUGAUCUGGUUCGCUCGGCUGGUAGUGGAGUCUCCACAAACAUCAUUGAGAAGGAUUUGGAGAAGUUGAACGACCGCUGGAACGAUCUGAAGGAGCGUAUGAAUGAGCGCGAUCGCCGACUGGAUGUCGCCCUAUUGCAGUCCGGAAAGUUCCAGGAAGCCUUAGCGGGUCUCUCCAAGUGGUUGAGCGAUACCGACGAAAUGGUUGCCAACCAAAAGCCUCCCAGCUGCGACUACAAGGUGGUGAAGGCUCAACUGCAGGAGCAGAAGUUCCUUAAGAAAAUGCUCUUGGACCGUCAGAACUCAAUGGGCUCGCUGGCCAAUCUCGGCAAGGAGGUGGCCAAUCAUUGCGAACCCGCCGAACGUGCCUCGAUCGAGAAACAACUGAACGAUCUGAUGAAACGUUUCGACGCUCUCACCGAUGGAGCCGAGCAGCGUGAACAGGAUCUGGAGGAAGCUAUGGAAGUUGCCAAGCGUUUCCAUGACAAGAUCAGUCCACUGGAAUUGUGGUUGGACAGCACGGAGCGUGCUGUAAAGGCCAUGGAAUUGAUACCCACGGAUGAGGAGAAGAUCCAGCAACGCAUACGUGAGCACGAUCGUUUGCACGACGAGAUUCUGAGCAAACAGCCGGACUUUACUGAUCUGGCCGAUGUGGCCGCCCAGCUGAUGCACUUGGUCAGCGACGAGGAGGCCGUCAACUUGGGUGAGAAGGUUCGUGGAGUUACGGAACGUUACACCGGAUUGGUGGAUGCCAGCGACAAUAUUGGUGCUCUGCUUGCCGAAUCCCGUCAAGGUCUGCGCCAUUUGGUGCUCAGCUACCAGGAUCUGGUGGCCUGGAUGGAGAGCAUGGAGAACGAAUUGAAACGCUUCAAGUCUGUGCCCGUCUACGCCGAAAAGCUCUUGGAACAAAUGGAUCAUUUGCUGGAACUGAACGAGAACAUUGCCGGACACGCAUCGAAUGUGGAGUCCACAGUUGAAUCUGGCGCGGAAUUGAUGAAGCACAUUUCCAACGAUGAGGCCAUACAGCUCAAGGAUAAACUGGACUCAUUGCAGAGACGCUAUGGCGAUCUCACCAAUCGUGGUGGUGAUCUUCUGAAGAAUGCCCAAAAUGCUCUACCACUGGUUCAACAGUUCCAUGAGGCGCACAACCGUCUGGUUGAAUGGAUGCAGAGCGCUGAGACAGCCUUGGCACCCAGUGAGCCACGGCAAGCGGAUGUACUGCGCCUGGAGAGCGAAUUGUCCGACAUGCGUCCCAUUCUGGAUACCAUAAAUCUGGUUGGUCCACAGCUCUGUCAGCUGUCGCCGGGAGAAGGUGCUGCCACCAUCGAGAGCAUCGUGACCCGUGACAAUCGACGAUUCGAUUCCAUUGUGGAACAGAUUCAACGCAAGGCUGAACGACUUCAUUUGAGCAACCAACGUGCCAAGGAGGUGACUGGUGACAUUGAUGAGUUGCUCGAGUGGUUCCGUGAGAUGGAUACCACAUUGCGCGAAGCCGAUCUUCCAGCCAUGGAACCCAAACUGGUACGCGCUCAGUUGCAGGAGCAUCGUUCCAUCAACGACGACAUCUCCAGUCAAAAGGGACGCGUCCGGGACGUCACUGCCGCCUCCAAGAAGGUGCUACGCGAGUCGCCUCAAAGCGAGAACACUGCCACGUUGCGGGAGAAACUGGAUGAUCUCAAGGAGAUCGUUGAUACCGUGGCCCAACUGUGCAGCGAGCGUCUGGGCAUCUUGGAGCAAGCCUUGCCGCUCUCGGAACACUUUGCCGACUCGCACCAGGGCCUGACCACCUGGCUGGAUGACAUGGAGCAGCAGAUCUCACGCCUGAGCAUGCCUGCCCUGCGUCCCGAUCAGAUCACCCUGCAGCAGGACAAGAACGAGCGUCUACUGCACUCGAUUGCCGAGCACAAGCCACUCCUUGAUAAGCUCAACAAGACGGGCGAGGCUCUGGGUGCUUUGGUAGCCGACGAUGACAGCGCCAAGAUCAAUGAGAUUCUUGAUACGGACAAUGCCCGCUAUGCUGCACUGCGUCUGGAGCUGCGCGAGCGUCAACAGGCGUUGGAGAGCGCCCUGCAGGAGUCGAGUCAGUUCUCCGACAAGUUGGAGGGCAUGCUUCGUGCUUUGGCCAAUACUGUGGAUCAGGUCAAUCAAUUGGAUCCAUUGUCGGCACUGCCCCAGAAGAUUCGCGAACAGAUCGAGGACAACGAUGCCCUUAUGGAUGAUCUGGACAAGCGUCAGGAUGCGUUCAGUGCUGUUCAACGUGCUGCCAACGAUGUCAUCGCUAAGGCUGGCAACAAGGCCGAUCCUGCGGUUCGUGACAUCAAGGCCAAGCUGGAGAAGCUCAACAAUCUGUGGAACGAUGUGCAAAAGGCCACCAAGAAACGUGGCAGCUCACUGGACGACAUUCUCAGUGUGGCAGAGCCCUUCUGGAAGCAGCUGAACAGCGUGAUGAAGACCCUUAAGGAUCUCGAGGAGACGCUGUCCUGCCAGGAGCCACCAGCGGCACAACCGCAAGACAUUAAGAAGCAACAAGUUGCACUGCAGGAGAUCCGUCAUGAAAUCGAUCAGACCAAGCCCGAGGUGGAGCAGGUGCGUCGCCAUGGCAGCAAUUUGAUGAACAUGUGCGGUGAGCCCGACAAACCAGAGGUGAAGAAGCACAUUGAGGAUCUGGACAAUGCCUGGGACAAUAUCACAGCAUUGUAUGCUAAACGCGAAGAGAACCUCAUCGAUGCCAUGGAGAAGGCUAUGGAGUUCCAUGAGACACUCCAGAAUCUGCUCAAAUUCCUCACCAAGGCCGAGGACAAGUUUGCUCACCUCGGACCCGUGGGCUCUGACAUUGAUGCCGUCAAGCGACAGAUUGAACAGCUUAAGUCGUUCAAGGACGAAGUCGAUCCGCAUAUGGUCAAAGUAGAAGCAUUAAACAGACAAGCUGUGGAACUGACGGAACGCACUUCGCCGGAGCAGGCGGCAUCCAUAAGAGAGCCACUGACGGUGGUCAAUCGACGCUGGGAGGCAUUGCUGCGUGGCAUGGUCGAUCGCCAGAAGCAGCUGGAGCAUGCUUUGCUCCACUUGGGACAAUUCCAGCAUGCACUCAACGAGCUGCUCGUCUGGAUCAACAAGACAGACGGCACAUUGGAUCAGCUGAAACCGAUACCCGGAGAUCCACAACUGCUGGAGGUUGAGCUGGCCAAGCUGAAGGUGCUGGCCAAUGAUAUACAGGCGCAUCAGAACUCGGUGGACACACUGAAUGAUGCUGGCCGCCAGCUUAUUGAGACGGAGAAGGGUUCAGUGGAGGCUUCCACGACGCAGGAGAAACUCCGCAAGCUGAACAACGAGUGGAAGCAGCUGCUGCAAAAGGCCAGCGAUCGUCAGCACGAGCUGGAGGAGUCUUUACGCGAGGCCCAGGGCUACAUAGCCGAGGUGCAAGAUAUUCUAGGCUGGUUGGGCGAUGUGGAUGCCGUGAUUGGUGCCAGCAAACCCGUUGGUGGUCUGCCAGAGACAGCCACCGAGCAGCUGGAGCGCUUCAUGGAGGUCUACAAUGAGCUGGAGGAGAAUAGGCCCAAGGUGGAGACGAUACAGGCACAGGGUCAGGAGUACAUCAAGCGUCAGAACCAGAUGAAGGUCUCCUCAAGCAAUCUGCAGCACACGCUGCGUACGCUGAAGCAACGCUGGGAUGCGGUCGUUUCACGUGCCUCCGACAAGAAGAUCAAGUUGGAGAUUGCUUUAAAGGAGGCAACCGAAUUCCAUGACACUCUACAGGCCUUUGUUGAAUGGUUGACCCAGGCGGAGAAGCAGCUAUCGAAUGCUGAUCCCGUCUCACGUGUCCUGGAGACCAUCCAGGCACAAAUGGAGGAGCAUAAGGUACUGCAAAAGGAUGUGAGCACACAUCGCGAGGCCAUGCUAUUGCUGGACAAGAAGGGUACUCACCUCAAGUACUUCAGCCAGAAGCAGGAUGUCAUUCUCAUCAAGAAUCUGCUCGUUUCCGUGCAACAUCGCUGGGAACGUGUCGUUAGCAAGGCUGCAGAGCGUACACGUGCCCUGGAUCAUGGCUACAAGGAGGCCCGUGAGUUUAAUGAUGCCUGGAAUGCCAUGAUGCAGUAUCUGCAGGAAACUGAACAGGUGCUGGAUCAGAUCAUCGAAGAAGCCACUGCCUCAAAGGAGCCGCAGAAGAUCAAGAAGUACAUUGGCAAGCUAAAGGAGACACAUCGCCAGCUGGGCGCCAAGCAAUCCGUCUAUGAUGGCACCAUGCGCACCGGCAAGAACCUCAUGGAGCGUGCCCCCAAGGGCGAUCGUCCGGUGCUCGAUAAGAUGCUGCUGGAGCUCAAGGAGCAAUGGACACGUGUCUGGUCGAAGAGCAUCGAACGUCAGCGCAAACUGGAGGAGGCUUUGUUGCUCUCUGGACAGUUUAGCGAUGCGCUGGGCGAACUGCUCGACUGGCUGAAGAAGGCCAAGAGUCGCCUCAAUGAGAAUGGACCCGUCCAUGGAGAUUUGGAGACGGUGCAGGGACUCUGUGAGCAUCACAAGCACAUUGAGCAGGAUCUGCAGAAGCGUGCUGCUCAAAUGCAAGGCGUCCUGAAGACCGGACGCGAUCUGGAGCGGUCUGGUAACAAUCCCGAAGUGGGUCGCCAGCUCGAUGAGAUGCAAUCGAUUUGGGAAGAAGUCCAGAGUGCGGUUGCCAAACGUGGUGAACGUCUCCAGGUGGCCCUGGUCGAUGCCGAGAAGCUUAAUGCCCGCGUCCAGGCAUUGUUCGAUUGGUUGGAUCAUGCGGAGCACAAGUUACGCUAUGCAAAGAACGCACCCGACGAUGAGAAGGUAUCACGCGAAAUGAUGGACAUCCACAUGGAGUUCAUGCGUGAUCUGCGCGUCCGUGAGCGUGAGAAGAGCGAAACCUUCGAGUAUGCCGAAGAGAUCAUUGGCAAGGCCUAUCCCGAUGCCAUACCCAUCAUCAAGAACUGGCUAUCGAUCAUACAACAACGCUGGGAGGAAGUCCGUCAAUGGGCCAUCAAUCGCGAGUCGAAGCUGGAUCAGCAUUUGCAAUCGCUCAAGGAUCUCGACGAUACCAUUGAGGAGCUGCUUGCCUGGCUCAGCGGACUCGAGGGUACCCUAUUGAAUCUGAAGCAUGAACAACUGCCCGAUGAGAUACCGCCCGUUGAGAAACUGAUUGAGGACCACAAGGAGUUCAUGGAGAACACGGCACGUCGCCAGAACGAAGUUGAUCGCGCCUGCAAGCCUCGUCAGUUGCCACCAGGAGCAAGGAAACCAUCGCGUAGCGGCAAGACGCCAGUUCGUGGCUCCAGUCACGAUCUGCGCGAACAGUCGCCUGAUGGCACACUGAGACGUCAAAGCUUUAAGGGCUCGCGGGAUCAAGGACUUAAUGCACGCAAGGGCAGUCGUGUUACGCCCACGCGUGAUACGCCCGACAGAGAUCGCCUGCCGCACUAUGGCCCACGUUUCUCGCCAAGCUCCACUGGACCCGAACUGGAGUUCCGUUCACCACGCGCCAAGUUGCUGUGGACCAAGUGGCGCGAUGUCUGGAUGCUCUCUUGGGAGCGCCAGCGUUUGCUGCACGAGCAUCUCAUGUAUCUGAAGGAUGUAGAGCGUGCUCGCAACUUCAGCUGGGAUGAUUGGCGCAAGCGGUUCCUCAAGUACAUGAACCACAAGAAAUCCCGCUUGACCGAUCUGUUCCGUAAAAUGGACAAGGACAACAAUGGCAUGAUACCACGCGAUGUCUUUAUCGAUGGCAUUCUCAACACGAAAUUCGAUACAUCUGGCUUGGAAAUGAAGGCUGUCGCUGAUCUAUUCGAUCGCAAUGGUGAGGGUCUCAUUGAUUGGCAGGAGUUCAUUGCCGCAUUGCGACCCGAUUGGCAGGAACGUAAACCCGCUACAGAUUCCGAUAAGAUCCAUGAUGAAGUCAAACGUUUGGUCAUGCUUUGCACAUGUCGUCAGAAGUUCCGUGUGUUCCAAGUGGGCGAAGGCAAAUACAGAUUUGGAGAUUCCCAGAAAUUGCGCCUGGUACGCAUUCUUCGCAGCACUGUUAUGGUGCGCGUUGGAGGCGGCUGGGUUGCUUUGGAUGAAUUCCUGCAGAAGAACGAUCCUUGUCGCGCCAAGGGACGCACUAACAUUGAGCUACGCGAGCAAUUCAUAUUGGCCGAUGGCGUCUCACAGAGCAUGGCCGCAUUCACGUCCAGACGUUCCACGCCCAAUGCUGCCCAAACUGCCAACAAUUCGCAAAAUGGCGGCGCCGGUAGCCCCAACUUGCCGCCAUAUAUGAGUGGACAGGGUCCCAUCAUAAAGGUUCGCGAGCGUUCGGUACGUUCGAUACCCAUGUCGAGGCCAUCGCGUUCCUCGCUCUCGGCCAGCACGCCCGAUUCGCUCAGCGACAAUGAGGGCAGCCAUGGAGGACCCUCGGGUCGCUAUACACCCCGAAAGGUGACCUACACGAGCACACGCACGGGUCUGACACCAGGUGGCUCACGUGCCGGCUCCAAGCCCAAUUCACGCCCGCUCAGCAGACAAGGCUCAAAGCCACCCUCACGUCACGGAUCCACGCUAUCGCUGGACAGCACAGACGAUCACACUCCCUCGCGCAUACCACAGCGCAAGCCAUCCGCAUCCAGCACCAUUAGCGGCACCGUCACCGGCACCACACCCCGUCCGGCGCGUCUGUCAGUGACCACUGCCGCCACACCGGGCAGUCGGCUCAAUGGCUCCAGCACACUCACACGCAAAACCGCAUCCGGUUCGGCGAGUCCAGCGCCCACAAGCAACGGAGGCAUGAGUAGAUCAUCCAGUAUACCAGCACUAACAGGCUUCGGCUACAAACCCACUAGGCGCAACAUCAGUGGCAGCUCGACUCCGUCGGGAAUGCAAACACCGCGUAAGACAUCCGCCGAUCCGAGCCGAGCUGAGACAUUUAGCUCGACUAUGAGGCGGACAUCACGCGGCACGACGCCCACUGAGAAACGCGAACCAUUCCGGCUAUAAGUCGGCAAUUGGACCCAACAGUUUGAGAUGCCAAUUAUCAACUAAUACACAAAAUACUAACAACGCACUGAAGUUCUUUAACUAAUCAACAAAAUAAUAAAUUGUGAAUUACCAGUCCCCUCCCCUUGCUCCAACACUCAACAAGAAUCCCGUGAAAUAGACUACAUUAAAAUAAAAAAUGUAGCAAGAGCAAACCAGAUACACGAGAAAUAAAACAAACAUUUGGUAAAGCAUAAAAGACAACAAAAA